CGUUGGCAGUACAGAGCACAGCAAGGCAUCUGGCACAGUCAGAAAGUGAAAAGAAGACAGGUCAGAGCACAGAUACCCUCUUGUCAGCUCUAUACUGAGACAAUAACAAGUACAGCAAACAACAACAACAAAAGGGCAGGGGAAGGGGGGGGGGGGAACACAGGAGAAAAGAAACCUGCUCCAAUGCAUCAAACUGUGGACUUUGCUAUUCUCCAUCUGCAUCGGCAAGCCAGAUGAACAAACUGAAAGCAGCUCACGCUUUGUGCAAAGCCAAGGCUAGGCAGCUGUGCUUUUUGGUCCUCCUGUGUUUCCACCUGGCCUCUGGGGAUGUCCCUGGUCCAUGCAAAUACUCUGUGACGAAUGACCAUAUCCAAACCGUCAACACUCUGAUUGUAAACCAACUUGAAAAUGGCUGUUCAAUCGAGUACAAGUUUAUAGAUCAAGGAUCUUUGAGCAAAACCUGUUACGUCAAAGCUGCCUUCCCCAAAGUCCUGGACGUUCUGACCAAACACUUCAAUUAUCACAAGAGUUCAGUCAAUUUUAAAUAUGUGGACGAGUUAAAAACACUGGUAAAUAAUAUCUACAGGACUGAAUGCAUUCCCGAAGUCAGUGUGAGUGUGGAGGACGACCCAGAGAAGUUUGUGAAGGCCUAUGCAGGCUCUCCUGCAGCUGUGUUAGGUCACAUUCGGAAAGUCAUGUCUUUCUACAUGGAGCUGCUGACAGAAAACAACAGGCCAAUAAACUGGAAUUGUGCUGACCAGUAUGCACAGGAUGUCGUAGAACCAGCAACCGAGGGAACCCUGCCCACAGGUACGACCGCAUGUCAGUGCUCUUGCCCAACUGUAGGUGGCAGUGCUUCUGAGUCAGCUUCCACGACAGCCAUCAACCUUUGGAAGAACCUUCCAAACCCCACCGUUGACAUACCAAACACUCCCUACUCCACUGAGCUGCCACAACCCCAGACAGGCAGCCCCAGCACUAGAGAAGGAUGGGGUAUCCCAUCGGCAAACCCUGGCACGACAAGAUCCUACAGACACAGGACAAUUGAUACAGACACUACUUCUGGGGCUUCGAUAAAUAAUUUCCAAACCAGCAGCGAGAAGAAUCCUACUUCUCCUUCCUUUACUAGUAUACCAUCUCCACAAGAUGAAGAUAAUACUGGUUCACCUACAUCUGAGUAUACUCCUACAAGCUCUGAGGCCCAAGGUGAUGUAUCCCAAAGUUCUCCAGGUUCUCAAACAGCAAAACCUUUUAGCAAAUCUUUAGUGCACAGUCAAACUACUGACCAGGCCCUGUCUGGUCAAGAACUUCUAACUGCCCCAUUGAAAAAACGCUUUACGCCUUCCACAAAAAGAUCCAUGGACCACCUGAUCACCUUCAUCCCUCCUUAUGACAGCACUACUCCCACUGAAAGCUCAGCUAUCUCUCCUAGAGCCAAGAGAUCAAUAGAUCCUAGAGUAGACAGAUCUUUUGAUAGUUCAGAAAGCAAGUUACAUAGAGAUUGGACUGUUCCCAUUGAGCCCCUUGGUAUCGCAGAUGAUAUUGCAGAUGAGUCUUCUUCAUCAGUUCUGCUUCACAGAAAAACACAUAUCAGGAUUCAUGACAAUGAAAAUAUCAACACAGGUUAUGGAUCCAAAAUCCUGGGACACGGUGAAGGAGAGAUCCAACCUUCAGAUGGUCCGAGGGGAGGCAGGCAGUCCGAGAAGGAAUCCCAGUAUGAGGCACAAAACCCUUACAAGCAGCUUUUCAUAUCUGCAGCUGUGUGCGGAGGUCUGCUGGGCAUUUGCGCAAUCUACUGCUUCAUACAGAAAAAGAAACUUCAGGCAAGGCUACACAAACAAGAACAAGAUGAAAGGUUAAAGCAACACAGCCAUUGUCUCGAGAUGGAGGAAUCUACAUUGUUAAAGAGACAGUCAGGCUCAGCCCUAUAGCCCCAGGAUAAGUAGAAUUGGCAAGAUUCGCUCGACUGCACUCACAAGGCGAACUGAGAAAAUCCCCAAGAAAUCCCCGGACAGGAGCUGAGCCGUGACAGGAAUACAUUCAGAAGCAUGGACCUCGAUGACUGGGGUAAAGACUAUGAGGCUGGUAUUGUUUGUAGCACAUGGCUUGGCCUGGAUUUUCUAUUGAAAAAAAAAUGUUAAGACAACAUGAAUACAAAGAUGAGCCCCAGUGAAGCAGCAAAACACUUGGACUAAAUCACUCUGACUGCUUUUCAGACAAUACCACUGUACAGUCUCCUUUGAGGGAUCAAUGGACAUGUACUACUGCCUUACAUAUAAUACAAUAUCUGACCAUCACUGUGGCUCUGAGCAGUGUUGACCUUACCACAGUGGAGGGCAAAUCAGUCUUCCACUGUGCCUCAAAUUAAAGUAUUUCAACCUCUAAGAAGAACACAUUAUCUGGGUUUCUCCGUAUUACGAGUUUGCCACACUUCUAAAUAAACUACACAGUAUAUCUCUGUCAAUACAGGUGCCAGUACAUGUGUGUUCAUCCAUUUAACCUGUAGAAUAAUCGACUGUUUCUGAUACAACAGUGUUUGAAGAAUAUCUGUUGGGUGUACUAUGAGAGAUGGUGUUUUUCCAGAGUAGAAGCAAUGUUAGUUUUAAUAAUGACGUCCAUAUUUGUGCAGUAACUCGUAUUAACUUGUGGAUUAACAGUAUAGGUUUGUAACGGUCACUCUGCACAACCGAAAGGCAGUUACAGUGUCCAGUUGGGAAUGACAACAGUCAUCAGUCAUUCCAUCUCUGCUGUGGAUGAAGUUCCUGACUGAGGCCGAGCAUAUCGGGCAUCCCCACUGAAAAAAGCUGUGAUCAAGGCAUGCUUAGUCUGAGGCAGCCCUUUACCGAACAACAGCAUCUUCAAACUUAAUCUCAGUGUAUUUAGAUAAAACGGGUGCAUCAUUUCUGAUGUUUGCACUUUGUCUAAACUCUUUUUUUUUGUUCACUGUUGCUUGUUUAAGUUUAGCUGUAGAUUCAAGGUCUGUUUAGUGUUUGUUGUCUUCGUUUUCUAAGUCUCCUGAUUUUUCUUUUUUUUUCUAAUCAACUGUUACACCGUUCAACCCAUCACAACUGGACCAGCUUACCGUUUUCAACAAUCUCAAUUUUUUUCCUCAACCUUCUGCAUUCAACAUCAUUGCGUUGUUUACUGGACUCAUUUCGGGGCUUCAUCAUUCAGUGAGAUUAUUCCUUUUUGGUUUGUUGGAUUUUUCGACUUUCAUUUGCUGCUUUGGUUUCCAAUAUUUUCUUGGUUUUGUUAUGGUUUUCAAUUAUGGUUAUGGUUUUCAAUUACACUGCUACUACUGGACUUGUAUGGGCCUACCUGUCGUUCUCCCACCAGUGGCACAGAGACUGUUUACUGUGAUUGUUCCCAGAAGUCACUGCCUUUCAUCUGUAAUUAUUUCAUUUGCCUUUGUCUUUCUCUGUUUGUGUCUGUGUGUUGUAUUUGUGAGUGGGGGUUUAUUGGAGACCCUCCAAACACUACACUCCUUUCUAUUUUGUGAUACCGUUUGUCCUUCUGUUUGCACCUACAUACUUACCUCUAUUUUUACUUACCUGCUGUCUACAGCUAUCUAUCUUCUUUCUUAUCAUUUUCAUCAACCGCCUUUCGAAUGAGCAGAGUGACCAUUACAGGUUUAUGGCAAUUUCAGAGGUAAAAGGGUAGUCUUUUUAGAUAUACCCCAGGUUGGGAAUAUUUAUAUCUUAACAUAAAAGAAAACAUUUUGACUGAAUUGGGUAUUUUUGAAGUUCUUUUGUCAACACACUGUCCACCUGACUAAAGUGUUUAUGUACCUUUUACUCAGCUGUUAUGAAUGAGUAUUAAUGUUAUGGCCAAUUAUCUUAUUUCUAAUGAAAUGGUAGGACAAUUUUACUAAAGUGAUUCCUCCAGUACAAAUCAUGCGUUGCGAAUCAAUGUUCUCUCAAAUGAAAAGGAAACUCACUGUUACAUCCGGUAGAAAAAAUAAAAAUUAAACUUGGCUAGUAAAUGAAAGUCAACAAGUUACCACACUUUCGGUUACAAGACACUUGUCCUUUUUUUUCAACGUAAUGCAACAGUUCAGUGACUGCAGCUGUGCUGCCUCCACUGGGACAGCGAUGAAUGCCUGAUGCAUGGCUUAGUUCAGAGAGUCAUACUGCUGAGGGUCAUGCCUCCUUUCCCCUUGGAUUGGAAAGUCUCUCUCUCUAGACUUGAGCUUGACAGUCACCACUGCCCCAUAGGAACUAGGAGGUGCUUUCAUGCAUUGUAUAAAAUUGCCAUGAGUAUUUGUUUGCACUCAUUACUCGGCACAGGCUUAUGUGUUAAUUAUGUGUUAAUUACUAACUGGUCCCUGUUUGGUUACUACUGUCUAAGUAAUGUAACUAUUAGCAAAUUCUACAGAUGCUCCACAUUUGGUUUUAUUUUCUCUGCUGUACUUUGCAGGGUUUAAUCUUGUGUUGCCUCCACAGAGUAGCAGAUUUUGUUUCUAGCUACAGGACACACAGUAGAAUACAAUUUGAAAACAUGCAAACAAAAUGUAAUUGUAAUAGUCAUGUUGCCUCAUGUGCAGAAAUCUUAAUGUGCUUUUAAUAAAGGUCGCCAGUACAGUUACAAAUCGUUACAGAGAUUUUUAGUUCCCUCUUCUGAUGCCAUUUUCUGGCAAGAUUUGCACUGAUUAUGCGUUUUUCUGAUUUCUUUUUUUUUUUCAUGUAACUAAAAGUAUUUUUUCUCAUAAAAUGUAAUGUGUUGUGUUACCUUCUGAAGAAGAAUCUAUCACAGUUACAAGCUAUGAAAAAAUGGAAUCACAUUACAGUAAUGCAGUAUGUGUAAUGUGUUACUCCCUCAGCACAGGUUUAUUAAUUCUUUAAAAAAAUGAAUUGCAGGUUUUGGACUGGAGCAAACGCAAAGUAAAUGUUGUCUGUGUUCAUAAAUAUAGGCUUUAGUUUUCAUAUAUUCUCUUCUAU